UCAAAGACAAUGUAUUUAGAGGACAGAACAGUUCGUUUACAAUUAUGGGAUACAGCAGGACAAGAACGGUUUAGAAGUUUGAUUCCUAGUUAUAUUAGAGAUUCAUCUGUAGCAGUUGUCGUUUAUGAUAUUUCGAGUCGUGCUUCAUUUCAAAAUACUUCGAAAUGGAUUGAAGAUGUACGAGCUGAACGUGGAUCAGAAGUGAUUAUAGUCUUAGUUGGUAAUAAAACAGAUUUAAAUGAUAAAAGAGAAGUAACUGUUGAAGAAGGCGAAAAGAAGGCAAACGAGUGUCAUGUUAUGUUUAUUGAAACAAGUGCAAAGGCAGGACAUAAUGUAAAGACAUUAUUUAGACGUAUUGCACAAGCCUUACCUGGCAUGGAUAAUAAUGAAGGCAUAGGAGGAGGAAAAGAACAAAUGCAAAAAGUAGACCUUAAUACAUCUGAAACUACAGAAGCUAGUAGCUGUGCAUGUUAAUGAAUAAAAAUAGUAAUUUUUGAAUAGUUGACU